UGCAUGCGCUGGCCCCGCCCCCGGCGCGAUGGCGGAGCGGGAGGAGCGGAGGUUCGUGGAGCUGCCCCGGGACUCGGUCCGGUUGAUGGCCGAGAGCGCGGGGCUCGAGCUCAGCGACGACGUGGCCGCGCUGCUGGCCGAGGACGUUUGUUACCGGCUCCGGGAGGCCACCCAGAACAGCUCGCAGUUCCUCAAACACACCCGGCGCCGCCGCCUCACCGUGGAGGAUUUUAACCGGGCCCUGCGCUGGAGCAACGUCGAGGCCGUGUGCGGGUUCGGCUCGCAGGACUCGCUGCCCUUCCGGGCCAUCAAGGAGGGCGAGCUCUUCUUCCAGGAGGACCGGGAGGUGAACCUGGUGGAGCUGGCGCUGGCCACCAACAUCCCCAAGGGCUGUGCCGAGACGGCCGUCAGAGUGCACGUGUCCUACCUGGAUGGCAAAGGGAACCUGGAGCCGCAGGGAGCAGUCCCCAGCGCCGUCUCGUCGCUCUCCGAGGACCUGCUCAAGUAUUACCAACACGUCACCCGGGCCGUGCUGGGCGACGACCCCCAGCUCAUGAAGGUGGCCCUGCAGGACCUUCAGACCAACUCCAAGAUCGCGGCGCUGCUGCCCUACUUCGUCUACGUGGUCAGCGGGGUGAAGUCGGUGAGCCACGACCUGGAGCAGCUGAACCGGCUGCUGCACCUGGCGCGGAGCCUGGUGCUGAACCCCUUCCUGGGGCUGGGCUCCUACGUGUGCUCCCUCAUCGGCAGCGUCCUGUACUGCGUCCUCGAGCCCCUCGCCGCCUCCAUCAACCCCCUCAACGACCACUGGACCCUCCGCGACUGCGCCGCGCUGCUGCUCAGCCGCAUCUUCUGGACCCACGGGGACCUGGUGAGUGGGCUCUACCAGCAGAUCCUGCUGUCGCUGCAGAAGGUCCUGGCGGAUCCCGUGCGGCCCCUCUGCUCCCACUACGGGGCCGUGGUGGGGCUGCACGCCCUGGGCUGGAAGGCCGUGGAGCGGGUUCUGUACCCCCACCUGCCCACCUACUGGGCCAACCUGCAGGCCGUGCUGGACGACAACUCCGUGUCCAACGCGCAGGUCAAGGCUGAUGGGCACAAGGUCUACGGAGCCAUCCUGGUGGCCGUGGAGCGGCUCUUGAAGGCGAAGGCCCAGCAGGCUCCAUCUCCGGGGGGUCCCGAGGGCUCCCUGGCAGCCUCGGCCAGGACCCCCGGAGCUGGGCUGGGGUCUGGGCCGGCCCCUCCUGGCGGGAGGGGCGGUCGGGGGCGUGGGGGGCGUCGUCCCCCCUCCUCCCUCCCUCCUCCUCCUCCUGCCUCCUCCUCGUCCUCGUCGUGCUCGUCCUCCGCGUCCCCGCCGGCCCCUCCGCCGUCGCUGCGGGACAUGUACCGGGAGCUCUACGACUUCUUCGGGGACAGCCUGGCCGCCCGCUUCGGCACCGGCGCCCUCGCGCCCGCCGCGCCCCCUGGGCCCCCAGGGCGCCCGCAAGGACCCCCGGCCGAGGGCGCGGCGCGGAAGAUGCCGCAGCUCACGGCCCACGCCACGGACGAGGAGCCCCAGGACCCCCGCCGCCCGGCCCUGCCGCGGCCCGCCGGGCCCCCGGCCCCGCGGAGCCCCCGACAGCCCGGGGGCCGCCCCGGAGCCCGCGACGUCUUCCAGAAGUGCCGCUUCGCCCCCCGAGGGCCCCCCCGCUUCAGCUUCGUCAUCGCCGGCCGCCAGGUCGGGCGCCGCUGCCCCGGCCGCCGCUUCCAGACCCUCUUCCCGCAGCCCCCCGGGGCCCCCCCCGGGCCCCGCUACGCCCACAAACUGCCCAUGAUCGGCCGCGCAGCUGCGGCACCGCGCAGGUGGCCCCGGGCAGAGUAUUCCCUGCUCCUGCUCCUGUGAGGGGGGACAGCCCCGGGAAUGGGG